UAGAAAAUGGUGAAAUGCUUAAUGAUAAAGUUAUUCAUUAUUGUCAACAAGUCAUGUCUAUGCAAUUGGAUAUUGGUGUUGGUCUGCAGGAUCCUAUUAAAGGUCAAGUCCUAGCUUUUAACAUCCAUCCGAACACCCCAUUUGUCCAAGUUCUUCAUGAUGGAAAUCUCCACUGGAUUUGUGUGACCACAUAUGGUUGUGCUGCAGGAGAAAUAUAUAUUUUUGAUAGUCUUUUUCAUGGUGCAGUUAGUUUUGACACAAAAAGGCAAAUAUGCUCUAUUUUACAAUGUGAUAAAAAAUAUCUUAUGAUUAAAGUAUUGCCUAUUCAACAACAAACUAAUGGUGUUGAUUGUGGACUGUAUGCUAUUGCUUGGGCUAGACAAAUUCUUGAAGUGAAGGGAAUACCUUCCACUUCUCUAAUGUUUGAAGAAAGUGAAAUGAGAAAGCAUCUCCUUAUGUGUAUACUAAAGAACCGGUUAGAUGUCUUCCCUACCACAAUCAAUCCAGCUAUGUUUAAAAAAUGUGCAGCAAAGGACUUUCGUAUACGCUUGCAUUGUUCUUGUCGCAUGUUUUGGACCCAUAAAGAUGAGAACAUUUUUAGCAGGCAAAUGGCUCAAUGCGUUACUUGCAAAGAAUGGUUUCAUCGGCAAUGUGAAAGAAUUCCACAGAGUGCUUAUGAACAAGAAGAUGAGCUCUGGUAUUGUCAGCAUUGCAACAGUAUAGCAGAUAUUAAUACUACAAAUGAAGUAUAAUAUCUGAAACUGUCAUGACAUUCUUAACAAAGAAAUAAUAAAAAUUAGGUUUAUUCCUUACUUAAUAUAUGACCUUGUUAUACUAACCAUCAGGUAUUGAUUUUUAAUAAUUAUUAUUAAUAAAUCUUAUUUAGAUUUAGGUAUAGAUUUUUA